CUCGCGAGAGCUGCGGCCGCCGGAGCGGGAUGGCCGCGGAGCCGGGCGGAGCUACCCCGCGGCUCCGGGAGCCGGCUCCCCGGCCCGAGACAUGGCCCGGGGUCCCGGCCCGCUAGGCCGGCCUCGCCCCGAUCCGGUCGCCAUGCCCAAGAGAGGGAAGCGACUCAAGUUCCGGGCCCACGACGCCUGCUCGGGACGAGUGACCGUGGCGGAUUAUGCCAAUUCGGAUCCGGCCGUCGUGAGGUCUGGGCGAGUUAAGAAGGCCGUGGCCAAUGCUGUCCAGCAGGAAGUAAAAUCUCUUUGUGGCUUGGAAGCCUCCCAGGUUCCUGCGGUGGAAGCUCUUUCUGUAGCUGGUGAGUCGUGUGACAUCAUUGACAGCAGUGAUGAGAUGGAUGCCCAGGAGGAGAGUAUCCAUGAGAGAACCAUCUCCAGAAAAAAGAAGAGCAAGAGACACAAAGAAGACCUGGAUGGGGCUGGAGGAGAAGAGUAUCCCAUGGAUAUUUGGCUGUUGCUGGCCUCCUAUAUCCGUCCUGAGGACAUUGUGAAUUUUUCUCUGAUUUGUAAGAAUGCCUGGACUGUCACUUGCACUGCUGCAUUUUGGACCAGGUUGUACCGAAGGCACUACACGCUGGAUGCCUCCCUGCCUUUGCGUCUGCGACCAGAGUCAAUGGAGAAGCUGCGCUGUCUCCGGGCCUGUGUGAUCCGAUCUCUGUACCAUAUGUAUGAGCCCUUUGCUGCUCGAAUCUCCAAGAAUCCAGCCAUUCCAGAAAGUACUCCCAGCACAUUGAAGAAUUCCAAAUGCUUACUUUUCUGGUGCAGAAAGAUUGUUGGGAACAGACAGGAACCAAUGUGGGAAUUCAACUUCAAGUUCAAAAAACAGUCCCCUAGAUUAAAGAGCAAAUGUGUGGGAGGGUUGCAGCCUCCUAUUCAGUAUGAAGAUGUUCAUACCAACCCAGACCAGGACUGCUGCCUUCUGCAGGUCACUACCCUCAAUUUCAUCUUUAUUCCAAUUGUCAUGGGAAUGAUAUUUACCCUGUUUACUAUCAAUGUAAGCACAGACAUGCGGCAUCAUCGAGUGAGACUGGUGUUCCAAGAUUCUCCUGUCCAUGGUGGUCGGAAACUGCGCAGUGAACAGGGUGUGCAAGUCAUCCUGGACCCAGUGCACAGCGUCCGGCUCUUUGACUGGUGGCAUCCUCAGUACCCAUUCUCCUUGAGAGCGUAGUUCCUGCUUCCUGUCCCUGAGUGCAGCCCUGAGCUAGGCCAGUCCAUUAGUAUCAGAUUCCAGUUUGGAAGGGGUGCCUGGCUUGUAUAUCUGGUUAGAAUUGCACAUGCUCUUCAGGUUCCUGGGCUCCUGUUAGGGGAAGGAGAAGGGUUGAAUCAAGAGGAAAAACAACUGAUUUAUAAACAUUUUAAUGUGAAAAUUUGUAUUUGAAAGGAGAAUCUUGGCCCUAUUUUCUGCUUUAAAUGCAUUUGGUGCUAUUGAGUUUGUUCUUCGUUCUUUCAUCCUAGCAAAAAGAAGUGGUCUUGCUCUAGGGAAAAAUUAACUCUUGAAUCUCAAACAAGGAAGUUACAGCAUAAUCUUAUGGAUCAGAGGAAUCUUAGAGGUCUAAAAUUGUUGCUACUAUUGCUUCCAAUUUAGCUGCCCCUCAAAUUCAAGUGAAUAUUUUCUCUUCUCCCUUUCUCUUCUCCAGAAAUAAAGCAGGUGACAGGGUUUUCAGAAUCUUAAAA